AUGUCGUGUCCUCAGUGCUUUUCCGGUCAUGUCAAUCUAGGCUCUCCUACUGGUCGUUGGGAAACCGUCCAUGGCCUUCGAACCUACAUUGCAGAACCCCCCGCCGGCAAGAGCACGAAAGCUAUUAUUGUCAUAAUUCCUGACGCUUUCGGCGUUGACUUUGUUAACAAUCAAAUUCUGGCGGAUCAUUAUGCUUCAGCUGCUGACUAUCUGGUUUACUUACCUGACUUCAUGGACGGCAGUGCUGCGCCUUUCAGGACCAUGAUUAAUAUGGCACACCUUUGGGAUGAGACUGGAUCUUGGUUGUCUAAACCAUACUAUCUCUUCGCUACUAUGCUAGACUUUGUCCCAUUUCUAAUUCGAAACCGCUUCAGUGUUUGUUGGCCAAGGGUGACUGGCUUCUUGAGUCAGCUCCAACAGCACAAAGAUGCAGGUCUUCCUGUUGGAAUUGCGGGCUUCUGCUGGGGAGGACUCCACACUGUGAGACUCACCCAUGACACAGCAGAAACCAAAACGUCUAGUGGCCGCGCACUAGCAGAUGCGUUUUUCACUGCCCAUCCAAGUAGCGUUGAUGUCGCACAUGACAUAGGCAAUGUCGCGCGCCCGCUCUCUAUUGCAAUUGGCGACGAUGAUGGUGUGAUGGGAAUUAAGCAAGUGCGACAAGCCGAAUCAAUCUUGGAGGGCAGAGAUGUUGAUACAAGCGUGGUGGUUUACCCUGGAGCAAAGCAUGGGUUCGCGGUUCGCGCAAGCAGGGCAGAGCCAGAUUCAAAGGAGACGCGACAGGCAGAGGAGGCUGAAGAACAGGCUAUUGCCUGGUUCAAGAAGUACUUUGAAGUUACCUCAUAG